AAAACAUACCUAGCCACACAUAAAAAUAAGUCAGCAUUUGGAUGGUAUUUUCCAACAUUGUUCUCCAACUUUAGAGGAAAAAAAAGAGCUUCAUUAAAUUUUAUUAUUAUUAAUAUUAUUACUAUUACUAGUUAACUAGGAACCAUGCAAUAUUCUAUUCCUUCAACCUCUUGUUCACUAUGUUUAUGUUUAGUCUUUCACCUCCUUAUCAUUUUCUCCACCACUACCCCGACGGCGGCAGUAGUAAAGCUGCCUCCGAAUGUGACGGUUCCAGCGAUCCUAGCGUUCGGAGAUUCGAUCAUCGAUCCCGGGAACAAUAACAAUAUCAAGACCAUUGUCAAGUGUAAUCACCCUCCUUAUGGUCAGGAUUUCAUGGGUGGCAUUCCUACUGGCAGGUUCAGCAAUGGAAGAAUCCCUACUGAUUUUUUCGCGCAAGAAUUAUCAGUAAAGGAUAUUGUACCGGCUUAUUUAGAUCCCAAUUUAAGUUCAGAAGAUCUCCUAACCGGUGUCAGUUUCGCUUCUGGAGCAGCUGGGUUUGACCCUUUGACUUCUAAAGUUGCGUCAGUGAUAUCACUAUCACAGCAGCUAGAGUAUUUUAAAGAAUACAUUGAGAAAGUGAAGCAACUAGUUGGGGUAGAGAAGACCAACUUCAUUUUGGCAAACAGUGUUUACUUUGUUGUUGCUGGAAGUGAUGAUAUUGCCAACACUUAUUUUGGCACUCCUUUUAGAAGAUUUCAUUAUGACAUUCCUUCUUACACUGAUCUUAUGCUUCAAUCUGCUUCUUCAUUUGUCCAGGAGUUAUAUGGACUAGGGGCACGAAGGCUAGCAGUAUUUGGUGCACCUCCCAUAGGAUGUGUGCCAUCGCAAAGAACCCUAGGAGGAGGAAUUGUGAGAGAUUGUGCUGAAAAUUACAACGAAGCUGCUAAAUUGUUCAAUUCUAAGCUGUCUCCUGAACUUGAUUCUCUCGCUAACAAGCUUCCUAACUCAAAGGUUGUCUACAUUGACAUUUAUACCCCUUUGUAUGAUAUUAUUCAGUAUCCGGCUAAAUACGGGUUUGAGCAAGUAGUGAAGGGUUGUUGUGGCACAGGACUAAUAGAAGUAACGUCGUUAUUGUGUAACAAGUUAGAUGCAGUAUGUCCAGAUGAUACAAAGUACUUAUUCUGGGAUAGUUACCAUCCUACUGAAAGAGGUUAUGAGGUUCUCCUUAGCUUGCUCAUUGACAAAUAUAUCAGCCGCCUUUAUUGAUACAAUUACGGAGUUUAAGUUAUAUUAUUACAAGUACUAUAUAUUUAUAGUACUAGAUUUUUUUUCUAUGUUAUUUAAUAAUUCAUUUCGGCAUUAUUGGUAAGAAAUUAAUACCAAUGCAUUGCUCUUGAGUCGUGAUCGUUGUUGCUUCAUUCAAUGUAAUCAUUUUUAUUUUUUCGUUUUAUUUUGUUCACAUUUACCGAUUUACGAUACGUACAAUUCGUACAAAUUGCGUACAAAUCCGUUUGUACUUGUAUAUCAGCCCACAUAUAUUAUAUACAUGUAUGUAAGUCUAUUUAAUUAACCAUGCUUUGUAAUAAAAUUAUACACCCUCGGGAGUAUGUGUGAAAUUCACAAUAUAACUUGGUAUUACAAAGAGUAAA